ACGCAGAAGCCACAUUAAUUUAAUUGUUCAUUUUCCGGAAACUAAAGGCAACCCGCAAACAGAAGCGAAAAGCCACUGACAGCGAUAAGCGAUAAGCAUUUUCUACUUUUAUACAAAGCCGUAAAGAAACCUCAGAACAAUGACGGAUCUGCGCAACGAGAUGGACAGCGACCUGGACCAGAACUACUCGCUGAACAGCAACGCCGACCCCAAGAAUAUGCAGGAGCUGACCAUAUACGUACAAAAUCUGUUGCAGAAUGUGCAGGACAAGUUCCAGACGAUGUCCGACCAGAUAAUAACGCGCAUCGACGACAUGGGCAACCGCAUCGAUGACUUGGAGAAGAGCAUUGCGGAUCUGAUGAAUCAGGCCGGGAUCGAGGGACAAGGCCCGGAAAAAUGAGACCCGUAGUUUGUGGGCCGGCAAAGCCUCCAUACAGCCACGCCCAGUAUCCACUGGGCAUCGCAGAUGCAAAUCCUCCCAUUAGUAAACAUCGAAAGCACCUUAGGCACCCAGUCACCUACGAAUCAAAUUUACAAUUCCAGACUUGCAUGUUCAUUUUAUCUCCCCCGGCACCCGGUUGCUCCAUAAACACACAUUUGCUCAUCUGUUUAUUGCGUAGUUUUAAGUUUCCCCCCUCCAGAGAGGGAAUCAUCAUAAUUUGUAAGUAACGUAAUAUUUUUGUGAGCAUAGGGGCGAAUUAUUUAGAAAUAUUGCCGUUUUUAGUUUCUAUUUAUAA